AUGAUUAAUAUUCUAAUAUUCCUGCAGUGCAGCCUGGGUUCGGGGAUUUUCGCCGCACUCGACGACAUUUUCGAUUCUGGCGUGGACCUGUCGCGGUAUGGGGGCGGCAGACGACAGCGGGUCACCAAUCCUCCGCCGCAUAAGCUGAAGCAUCCGCGUCACAACCAACAUAAGGGAGAGAAGAGCGAGCCGAACUAUGGUUACGAACCGUACUGGGAGGGCUACGAUAACCUUCUGAAAAAGAAGAAGAAGGUGACGGGGAGCAAUGUGGCCUGCGGGGAAGAGUGCCACGAGAUGUACCUGGAGUACGGACCGGUGUGCGGCAGAGGCAAGAAUUACAUGCAUAAGACAUUUCAAAACUAUUGCCAGCUUCUGAAUCAGGAUUGUAGCGGUCGGGAGAAGUGGAUGAUCGCAUACCGAGGGCCGUGCGAGAAGGUCACACAUAAGCCGUAUCCGACGAGGCAGAGGGAUUUCAUCAAACACGCCAAGAUGUAUCUGACGGACUUCGAAAAGAAUAACCCGGUGACCGAGAAAUUAAGAUUCAUUCGCACAACGAGGCCCGGGAGAAAACGGAAAUCCCCCCCACCCCCCAUGCAGGACCCAUAG